AAUUUCAAAUCGUCGCUUGCGCCUCGCAAGAGAGCAAGAACCCUGGAGGAGAAAGAGCAACGGCGUAUGGAGCGGAUCCUUCGCAACAGAAGAGCGGCUCAUGCCUCGCGUGAAAAAAAGAGAAGGCAUGUGGAAUACUUGGAGUCAUACGUGCUAGGAUUGGAGAAGAAUUACCUGGCUAUGGUCUCCAAUGUGUCGAAGCUAAAAGGGAUGCUUCCAGACACUAAUCCACCCGUUUCGUUGAUCGAGCCUGAAGACUUAUCCGACUUGAAGUCAAAGAUCCAUGCGAACUUUUCAUCCAUGGCGCUGGCCGAGCCUUGCUCUCCCAGUGUUGCGUGUGAAACGCCCCAAAGCGAGCCCUCGAAGGGCCCAGAAAAUGAAGUGGACGACUCGCCGCAAUCUUUCUUUGAUAAUCUGAAGGUGAAACUGGAAGAACUUGAGUCGCCGUUGAUGAACGCCAAGCCUGCACCUGAAUACUGCAGUUACUUGAGUCCCGUCUCCAUAAACUCUCCCACAAACUCCCCAAUCGACUUAACCAUCAAGAAG